UCGUGCACAAAGCCGAGGCAAGAGGGUUUUCAGGCACAGGAACUGGGCGGCUCAAAGGACAUGCUGUGGUUCUGGAACCUGCGCUGCCCGCAUGUGCUGCUGCCUGUUCGACAGGAGACUCUGCUCCCAGCAGGAGGUCUGUGUGCAGGAUGGCUUGUUUGGGCAGUGCCAGGAGAGCGCGGCCCGUGACCGGCCCUACUUCCAGGUCACCUCGCCGGUGCUCCAGCGCCUGCAGGCCGUGCUGCACCGCCUCACGGCACAAGGGUUGUCGUGGCAGGAUGACAUCACACAGGACGUGAUCUCCCAGGAGAUGGAGCGAAUUCCCAGGCUGCGUCCGCCCCCCGCACGGGAGCUGGCGGCCAAGGAGAGGUUCUCCCCGCUGCAUGCCGCUCCGCGGAUGGCCCUGUUCCCAUCAGAGCCCAGCCAGCUGGGCAGCACCCUGCAGAUGGCUCCGCGCCUGCCGCCCUCCAGCACCAAGAAGUCCCCGCGUCUGGAACCGCAGCCCCCGCUGCCCCCUGCCCUGCUGCAGCGAUACCUGGAGCUCCUGCUGCUGGGCCCCCCGCCUGAGCUGGGCUAUGAGGAAGGCCUGCUGCACCCCUAUUCAUACCACAAGUUUGGCUACCAGGAUGGUGCACGGCAGCUGAGCCCCAUCCAGGGCAAUUUGGGCAAGCAGAGCCCUGAGCCCCCUGCUCUCCUUGGCAGGACCCCUGCCCAGCCCUCCCAAGCCCUCUUUGGGGCCAGCCCCAUCCCUUCCUAUGGGAGGCAGCCAGGGCUGGACGGAGGGCAUCUUUUCCAGGACCUAGGCAUGCUCUACCUGCCGAGAGAGAAGGCGAGCCGCUUGGCCCCUGCCAGCACGAAGGCCCAGCACGGGCAUGGGCUCCCCCCGGACUACGCUGAGCCCAAUGAAGAGAACAGACAGCAGGAGGCAGCCCUGGGUCCCCAGGUGCAGUCAGAUGCAGCCCUGCAGAGACUUGUGGCAGUGCUGGCCGACUACGGGGUGGGGCUGCAGGACCUGAGUCCGCAGCAGCUCGGCAGCCUCUCCGCCCUGCUGCAGCUGCUCCAGCGCCCCGGUGGGUUUGGCCAGGAGGCUCCAGCGGCCAAGCGGGUGAUGGAAGGGGAAAUGCAGCACGGAGAGGAGCCGGAGCCGCCCCCCUCCACGGUGUCUCCCCCUGAGAAUCCAGCCAGUGCAGCCUCCCAGACGGAGGGGCCAAGACGGGAGAAGGCGGCUGGCCUGGCGCGGGGCAGUGCCAGGCCUACAUUGGCGUCCCAGGCUGAACCGCAGGCCCCGGGGCAGGCUGCACCCAGGGAUCCCGCCGCAGGGGACAUGCUCCAUCUCCACAAGCCGGUCCCAGUGGAGAAGAAGAGCUACACGGAGCCCAGGGGCCAUGGCGGAAAGGGGGAGCAGCCAGAGCCCCGGCCCGCCGAGGAGUACGGCUACAUCGUCACCAACCAGGAGUCGCUGGACUUCACUGCUGGCGUCCGGCUGCUGGAAAUCCUGGCCGAGCACCUCCACCUGUCCACAACCAGCUUCAUUAACAUCAGCGUCGUGGGCCCAGCUCUCACCUUCCAGAUCCGGCAGAACCAUCAGAACCUGUCGCUGGCAGAUGUGACCAAUCAGGCCGCGAUGGUGAAGUCGGAGCUGGAGGCUGAGCUGGGGCUGAAGAUUGUGCAGAUGGGUGUGGGACAGCGCAAUGAGGCCGUCCCGUACCCGCACCCCUCGCACUUCGGCGACACCUUCCACUCCGUGCUGCUCACCUUCCUGGCCCUGGCCUGCGUGGCGGGCGCGGGCAUCGCCGCCGCCAUCGCCGUCUGCCUGCGCCAGCACGCCAAGCAGCGCGAGAAGGACCGGCUGGCGGCCCUGGGGCCCGAGGGCAGCGGGGACAGCACCUUCCAGUACCAGGAGCUGUGCCGGCAGCACAUGGCCACCAAGUCGCUCUUCGGCCGCGCAGAAGCCCCCCCGGCCCCGGCAGAGAACUCCCGGGUCAGCAGCGUCUCGUCCCAGUUCAGCGACGCCCCCCAGGCCAGCCCCAGCUCCCACAGCAGCACGCCGUCCUGGUGCGAGGAGCCAGUGCAGUCCAACAUGGACAUCUCCACCGGCCACAUGAUCCUGGCCUACAUGGAAGACCACCUGAGGAACCGCGACCGGCUGGCCAAGGAGUGGCAGGCACUGUGCGCGUACCAGGCUGAGCCCAGCGUCUGCGCUGCCGCCCGCAGCGACGCCAACCUGAAGAAGAACCGCAACCCCGACUACGUGCCCUACGACCACGCGCGGAUCAAGCUGAAGGCUGAGAGCAACCCUUCCCGCAGCGACUUCAUCAAUGCCAGCCCUAUCAUUGAGCACGACCCGCGGAUGCCGGCCUACAUCGCCACGCAGGGGCCCCUCUCGCACACCAUCGCCGACUUCUGGCAGAUGGUGUGGGAGAACGGCUGCACAGUGAUCGUCAUGCUGAGCCCGCUGGUGGAGGACAGCGUCAAGCAGUGCGAUCGCUACUGGCCCGAUGAAGGAUCCUCCCUCUACCACAUCUACGAGGUGAACCUGGUCUCCGAGCACAUCUGGUGCGAGGACUUCCUGGUGCGCAGUUUCUACCUGAAGAACGUGCAGUCGCAGGAGACCCGCACGCUGACCCAGUUCCACUUCCUGAGCUGGCCAGCAGACGGCAUCCCCACCACCACCCGCCCCCUCCUGGACUUCCGCAGGAAGGUCAACAAGUGCUACCGGGGUCGCUCCUGCCCUGUUAUCGUGCACUGCAGCGACGGGGCGGGCAGGACCGGGACCUACAUCCUCAUUGACAUGGUACUAAACCGAAUGGCCAAAGGAGUGAAGGAGAUUGACAUCGCCGCCACGCUGGAGCACGUCCGUGACCAGAGGCCCGGCAUGGUGCAGACUAAGGACCAGUUUGAGUUUGCGCUGACGGCCGUGGCAGAGGAGGUCAAUGCCAUCCUGAAGGCGCUGCCGCAGUGAUCCGGUCGCCUCGCCUCCAGCCCCGUCGUGCCCGCCACCUCCCGGGUGCCGCCCCGUGUGCUUCGGGCUCCCGCUCGCCCCUGUAACGUCGUGUCUGUGAUGCUGGUCGUCUCCCCAGGCCGCCCUCACCCCUUCGUGCUGCCCGGGCCUCAUCUGGCUGCCAGCUCCUGCAGGAGCGGCUGGGCCCAGAGGGGUCCUGCUGAACCCGCUGGGGGAGGAGGGGCUGCACCGACUGCUCUGAGGUUAAGAGGGGACUGUGCUACCCCCCCCACAUCUGCUCCUGCAUGCCCAGUGCCCGCCUGCGCCAUGUACAGGUGCCUGUGCACAGCCCCCCCCGCCCCACAGGCUCCUCCCAUUUGUCUAGUCACAGCCCCACGGGUGCCCAGGCCCUGCCCACGGCCAGGGAAAAGUCUGAGCCAGUGCAGGGUGGUUCUGAGCUCUGCCAGGAGCCUGCACCCGCUGGGCAGGAUGGGCCUGGG